CCCGCGCCGCAGAGGAGGUGCCGCCGGGCCUCGUCGCGCGAGGUGCCCAGACCUGAGAGGAAGAAGACCCAGAAAUUAGCAAGAACUGUUCCAAAAUAGGAGCAUAUAAGGACUGCACUCAAACUGUUGGCCAGAAAACAGUGAGGGAGAGCUAUAGACUGGUGGUGCUGAGGGAUGCAGAGCUGUUGUACAUACCCACUGUCUGACUGACUUGCUCAGGGAAGCUAAAGCAACCAUCUCCAGAAAUGUCUUCGGAAAGUGAAGAGCAACAUGACCAUUCCCAGAAGGACUCAAUUGAUGGAAAUGACGACCACAGUCCUUCACUUAGGAUCCAGCUGGAGCUUGAAAAGGGAUCGAGGACUGAGUUCAAGCAAUUGGAGGCCAGUGAUCAAUGCAGACCUUUUCCUAGGAUCCAUAUAGAGCCUCAAGAGAAAUCAAAUGUUAACUUCAAGCAGGUCAUCACCAAAAAACUGCAGAAGAGUUGUCAGUGCAGCCCAACCAAAGUCAAAAAUACAAUGUUUGAUUUCUUUCCUGUACUGCAGUGGCUUCCAAAAUAUGAUCUGAAGAAAAAUAUCUUAGGAGAUGUGAUGUCAGGCUUGAUUGUUGGCAUCUUAUUGGUGCCCCAGUCCAUUGCUUAUUCCCUCUUGGCUGGCCAGCAGCCUAUCUACGGUCUGUACACAUCUUUUUUCGCCAGCAUCAUUUACGUCCUGUUUGGUACUUCCCGUCACAUCUCUGUUGGCAUUUUCGGAAUACUGUGCCUUAUGAUCGGUGAGGUGGUUGACCGAGAACUACACAAAGCUGGCUAUGACACUGCCCAUAUUCCUUCUUCUGUGGCGAUGGCUUCAAAUGCGAGCACUUUGUUAAACCAGACAUCAGUUAGGGAAUGUGACAGAAGUUGCUAUGCAAUUAGAGUUGGCUGUACUGUAACCUUUAUGGCUGGAGUUUAUCAGGUAGCCAUGGGCUUAUUUCAAGUGGGUUUUGUUUCUGUCUACCUCUCGGAUGCCUUGUUGAGUGGAUUCGUCACUGGUGCCUCCUUCACUAUUCUUACAUCUCAGGCCAAGUAUCUCCUUGGGCUCAGCCUUCCUAGGAGUAGUGGUGUAGGCUCACUCAUCACAACGUGGAUAAAUAUCUUCAAAAACAUCCAUAAGACCAAUCUCUGUGAUCUCGUCACUAGUCUCUUGUGCCUUUUGGUUCUUUUGCCAACCAAAGAAAUCAAUGAGCGCUUCAAGUCAAAGCUGAAGGCACCGAUUCCUACAGAACUCAUUGUUGUCGUGGCGGCCACGUUAGCCUCUCACUUUGGGAAACUGAACGAGAAGUACCAUACGAGUAUCGCUGGACACAUUCCAACUGGGUUUAUGCCGCCCGAGGCACCAGACUGGAACUUAAUUCCCAGCGUGGCUGUAGAUGCAAUCGCUAUCUCUAUCAUUGGUUUUGCCAUCACUGUGUCACUUUCUGAGAUGUUUGCCAAAAAGCAUGGCUACACGGUCAAAGCUAACCAGGAAAUGUAUGCCAUCGGCUUUUGCAAUAUCAUCCCUUCCUUCUUCCACUGCUUUACUACUAGUGCAGCUCUUGCGAAGACUUUGGUGAAAGAAUCAACAGGCUGCCAAACUCAGCUUUCUGCUGUGGUGUCAGCUCUGGUUCUUUUGCUGGUGCUCCUGGUAAUUGCUCCUUUAUUUUAUUCCCUUCAGAAAAGUGUCCUUAGUGUGAUCACGAUUGUAAAUCUCCAGGGAGCCCUGCGUAAGUUUAAGGACCUGCCCAAGAUGUGGAGGGUCAGCAGAAUGGACACGGUUAUCUGGUUUGUCACAAUGCUGUCCUCUGCACUGAUAAGCACUGAACUAGGCCUGCUUAUUGGGGUUUGUUUUUCUAUGUUUUGUGUCAUCCUCCGCACUCAGAAGCCACAGACGUCACUGCUUGGCUUGGUUGAAGAGUCUACUGUCUUCGAAUCCAUUUCUGUUUACAAGAAUCUUCAGACUAAGCCGGGCAUCAAGCUCUUCCGCUUUGUAGCCCCUCUCUAUUACAUCAAUAAAGAAUGCUUUAAAUCUGCCCUGUACAAAAAAACCCUCAACCCAGUCUUAGUAAUGGCGGCACAGAAGAAGGAAGCAAAGAGAAAGAUGAAAAAAGAAGGGCUGACUCUCACUGGGCUCCAGGACGAAGUGUCUGUGCAACUCUCCCACAACCCCAUGGAGCUCCACACCAUAGUGAUUGACUGCAGCGCAGUACAGUUUUUAGAUACAGCAGGGAUCCAUACACUGAAAGAAGUCCGCAGAGACUAUGAAGCCAUUGGCAUCCAGGUUCUGCUGGCUCAGUGCAACCCCUCUGUGAGGGAGUCCCUGGCCCGUGGAGGGUACUGCAAGACGGAAGAAGAAAAUCUUCUCUUUUAUAGUAUCUAUGAAGCAAUGGCUUUUGCAGAAGACUGCCAAAAUCAGAAAGGGACCUGUAUUUCCAACGGUCUGAGUCCUUCCAGUGAUUGAGAGAGAAGGCAGACUGAAAGAGGAACAAUGUCUGACCAAAAGGCUAAUGUUUCAAGUGCACAUUUUCAUUGGAAAUGUGCACUUGAAAUUUUAACCUCUCGAUUGGAGAGUAUUCUUCCUCUGAAGCGGGUGGCUUUUAUAGACACCCAAAUGCAGUGGAAAUUAUAGUAUGGUGUUAUCAAAGAAAGAAAAUACCAUGUGGUGUCCAGCUUUCUCACAGAUAGGAGCUAUUCUUGGAAUUGAAUAGCUAUUGAACAGGACCAUAAAGUAGCCCCCAAACUUUAUGACUAUCUGUUUCAGGAGCUAGCCUUUUUGGACUCUUCCUUCUCCAGGAGGUCAAGGGGUGAAGCUUGACAUUCACAUCAACUGUGGGAGCAGGAAAGGAGACAGUCAAGAAACGUGCCCGCUCCUGUGCCUGCAGGUCAGGAGGCUUUCGGAGCACAAGGUGACCACCAAGCAAGUUGAUUUCACUUGUGCGUCUCGAUUCCCAGUAGUAUCUGGGAAUCUACAAAGCAGUAUCUCUGGCUUUGAACAGGAAAGCACCGUUCCUCAGAUGGCUGGGCUGGUUUGUGAAAUCCAACAGCCAGCCCCACGUUACACAGCGUACUCCUUGUAACACCCUUGGUGUUUUGAGUCAUGCCUUUUUGUUUAGUGUGGGUAGGUUCUUAAAGAGGUCUUCAAAAUCAACCGCCAUGAUGGGACUCCUCCCUAUCUUUUCUGGAAUCUUCUCUGUCCCUGUUUCUGAGUAUUUCGCCUGUUAAGCUCCAUUUUAGCUUCAAUUUAGUGUGUUUCCCAUGAAUCUUUUUCUUUGUUUUUUUUUUCCCCAUGAAAUCUAAAUGGCUAUGUCUGAUCACCAGUGACAACUUGGCAAAUAAAAGGCAGAACACUGACUUAGCAAUCCUAGAUGGCACUUGCAUGAGUUUGAGGCAAGAAGGGGUGAUUGACAGUUUCCCAUGAGAAUGUGUUUACAUCCCUGAAUUAUUUUUUUCCUUCUUGUGACAUUUUAGCAAGCCUGGGGACUGAGUUUCUCAGAAAGCAGCUACCUUUACUCCCCAAGCAGGAUGUAACCAAUAGAAAAGAAUGCACAGAAGAUCGAGGGCUUUCAAAAGCACAUCAAUAAUUCAGUUGUAGAUAUUUUAGUGAGGGUAAAGCUAAUGCUCACUGCCACGUGGUAGUAAAUAUUGAAGACAACAACUUUUAACUCUUGGAUCAUGCAAAACUGUUAUGCAAGAGAAUUUAGAAGCAUCACCUUCAUAGAACGCAGGUUCUGGAGGUGUAUUAUUUACGCUAGCUGGCCACAGUUUGUGACAACAGGAAUUGUUUCUUUCGAAAAGCAAGACUGUGCAACAUUGAAUGUUUGUAGUUCUGUAUCUGGACUUUGAUAAGCAAGAAGAAACCAGGUUUUCCAGAGUUACAAUGAGGAGACUAAUUUAUUUGAGAUUGUAAUAUUUGGCCACAACACUUAAAACACUUGCAAACGUUGCACAAUUAUUUUUUAACCUGCUGCUAUAUUCUAAACAAUUUAAAUACUUAUGAGAAGCAAACCCUAAUGUGAGGUACCUAUUAGAGUGGGAUCCGUUUAAAUAUAUUUAGCUCUCUUGUUGACCCCAUAUUAGAAAAGCAAAUACUGCCUUUUUAUUGGUAGAGCUCUGUUUACAUGAAAACACCUUUGCAUUAUGAAGAAAAAGUUUCUCAGUAGAAAAGUUGGAUUUCUGUUAAGGUGAUGGAUAUGAUUAAAUGUAAUAGUGUUCUGAAUUUUUAUGUCCUUUUAGAACUUGUAUAGAAUUUCAGAAAUGUUAGCUGCUGUUUGUACUUGUAGGCUGUGGCUUGUUGUUAGCCAGUACGUGCUCUUUCUGUCCAGUCUUAGCAACCAUAAUGGUAAAGUUUGGUAUCUUGUUCUGUCAUGUUUUUAACCCUUCCUCAAGCAAGUUUUGAAUUGAGACCAUUAUAGAUGUUUAAUGCCAUGUGACAGAGAAGUGAAUGGAUGUUUAAGACCAUAAUUAACUAACAACAACAUAGCAAAGAAUAAAUUCUCAGUCCAAAGAAUGUGGGAAAUCCCUCAGAAGAAUGGAGUAAGCAGAUUUGAUCUUUACUUGACAUUUCUGUCCAUAUGUGGAUAUAAACAAUUCUGGAACUUUAUGAAAUCAGCAAGUUCUCCAAUUGUGUUCUGGUUUGUAUCUCUCCCACUGAUCCAAACAAGAGAAUCUACUUUUGGUGGCCAUUUAUCAAAGACAUUUAAGAUUUCACUAGAAUUUACAUGUCACACUCCGCUUGGGCUAAGGUCUGCCUAUACUUCCAUGUUGUUAAACAUUUUUGAUUGCUGGUAUUUGAAAGAACCAAACCUGAAACCAAAGCCUAAUAUACAAGCAAAAAACUUUUCAUUUGCUUGCUUAUUCAAGGACAUGGGCAUUAAUUCUUUGGGUGAUAACUUACACUUUAUUGUUGCAACAAUACUGUGUGCUUACUCUAAACUUCAGUGAAGCAUUUUAUCAUUGCUUAUUGAGAAUGUACAUUCCGGAUACCUUAAAAUGGCCAUUUAAUUGAAAUGUACUGUGUGCAUCCUUAAUGGUUACAUUUCUUACAACCUUUCUUUAAAAAAAAAAAAAAAUUGUAACGAGGGAUUUGUGAACACUGUCUCAGACCGCACAGGAGGGAGAAACGAGAGGGAGCCAAUUGCACAGCCUCCGUCUUUCAUCUGGACUGAGCCCUGCUGAUCUGUGCUUCUGAUGGUGGUAGAACUGACAGAUGUGAUCUUUUUUCAAGUAGGACCAAAUGUGAACAGUAUUUGGAUUAUCUGACUUAGCUGUAAACAACCGUAGACACUGAAGCCAAAAUGUGGUGUUGGUAAAUUUACUUUAUGGUAGACGGUAACCUCUAAAAAUGAGUUCAUUAGACUUUUCUAAUGAUGAUGACUACACCUGAACAAGAACAGUAUUCUCUGCAGGGAUAUUCUCUUAGUAAUUUGUUGCUCAAGAACACUGUCAGGGCACUAGCCCUAAGCUUAAAUAAAAGUGAGAAAAGGCUUAUAGUCAAUUGCCUGGGAACUUAAAUCAAGUCUCUCAGUUAUAAUGACAAAUUUGAGUUCUGUGAACCUCAUUAAUGUCCUUCUGGAUUGUUUUCCUCUGUGUGUUGCUGUAGAUGACACAGGUUCUUCUUGCGCCAAUGUUGACAGUACCUCACAUGCUUUCUGAGGAUCCGAACAGGAACCUGGGGCCUUAGGCCAAGUGCUGGGAGUUAGGACAUUAAAUCUAGUAGGUGGGUUAUGUGGUAUCUCUCCUAGAGAUGGUGCACUGAGGAGGCAUUUGUGGAGGGCUUGAGCUGAGUGGACUGAGGGCUAAGCAGGAGACGAGCCACCAAGGCAGACAAGGAGGCAUGGGUGCUUGCCCCGGCCUAUUCAGGGAAUGAUUCCACAGUGAUGUGGUUAAAAACCUGUUAGAUUGGACUCAGACUUUGCUUAAUUUUUCUGUUCUUUAAUGUUUUUCUUUUUUUCCCCUUUAAUAUUUUCUGUCUGUCCUGAUGCUUUAUUAAAAACUGGACUUAGAAAACUGCAAAGUGUAACAACUUGGAUCUAGGAAGCUUUCAAGUGCUGAACUAAUUUUUUUCUGAUGAUUUUAAAUAACCAUGAAUUGAAUCAUUAAUUUGAGUGCUAAUAACAAGUAUGAAAAUUAUAAUGGAACAGGCCAAAACAUUACACCAGCUGGUUUGUUAUCUUUGUCUAUUAUUAAAUAUUGUAAGUUAAAGGUACAUUUUAGGUUAUUUAAUAAAAAUUUUAUUAACUUUAGGAAUGGAGAAUUUGGGUUUGGGAGUGGGGAAAUCUAUUUUUAUAAUUUUUAUCCUGACAAGGACUAUUUUUUUAAAAAAAUGUUUUGCAACUGAAAUUCUAAAAUAACCAUGUUAAAUAUGGUUAGCAAAGUCAAGUGAGCAUUGUAUUAAUACUGAGCUUUUGAUGUGUAAUUUUUAUCUUGUGGUGUAAAAGAGGAAGGUGAGAUGAAACUAUGAAAACUGGAAUAAUAAUGGAAACUAAAUGUCGCUAUUGACAUUUGAAGGUACCAUGUUUGUAAGUCUACACUGGAUCUUGGAUACCUUUUCUGUGCACUUGAAUGAUGGCUCUGGAAAUGCUGAAUAAUUACAGUAUUACUACAAGAUGCAAGUUGCAAUUUCUAAAGGGAGGUUUUUUGUUGGCAUGCAGACAAGAAGCCUAAGCCAGAAAGGAUUUUUAACUACAGCUUUAGUUUAUUUUAGGGAGGUUUCUUCCCCCGCUCAUCCCCCAUCCCUAAAAUAGUAAGAUGCUGGGAAUCAAAAAGCUUUUUGCCUUUUCAAUUCAAGCAACUGAGAAAUUACUGUUUAAAUUUGGAUCCUACCAUGAUUUCUCAAAAAUUAUUGUGAACAAACCAGUGUAUAUAACCUGCUACCUUUUAUGGUCUCCUUUGUAAUUUUAUAUACCAAUCAAGAAAAUAACAGGGUGACAAAUUAAUGAAACUAAAUUCUUACUCUUGUCUAUUCACCAAAAAGUAUACCCUAUACCCCCAAUUAUUCAAGGCAAAUGACUCUUAGGAACAUAUUUUGUACUACAUGUAUCUUUUUUAAUUAAAGCAAGUGCCUUGAUGCAAUGCCAUAUAAAUCAUGCUUAACCUUCUAUUGGAUGAAGAUUAGUGAUUAAUGAAGUACAGCCUAUUGCAGGGACGGUGAGCUGGUACUUUUCUUCUAGUUUCAUGAACAAUGUUUGUGAUGUUUAUUGUGAAAGAUCUACCUAAGUUUUGCAAUCUAGCGAUGUCAUUUCAUUUGCUAAUAAAUUGUUAUACUAAUCAAAUAUGACUGUGUCUGUUAUUUUAAGUGC